CUUCAUCUCCUCUCUUCCGAAAACAGUCUCUCUUUCUCUCCUUCUUGUCUUAAUCUCAAAAGUACUAAACUAUGGCCUCAAACUCCAUCGCCGUUUUCCUCCUCCUCGCGCUCAUAGUUUCCUCCGCCAUAGCUCAGGCUCCGGGACCAUCUCCGACCAGGUCUCCUCUUCCAGCCACUCCUCCAAUUUCUCAGCCUCCUAGAACCGCCGCACCAACUCCAUCACGCGCCACCGCUCCUCCGCCGUCCGUCACUCCCACGGCAGCUCCUACUUCUCCUCCGGCUGGCUCACCGACCUCCACCGUCGCUUCACCGCCGGCUCCUCCGACAUCCCUUACACCCGAUGGAGCUCCUGACGCAAAUGCCCCUUCUGGCCCGACAGGAUCUACUCCUAACGACAACAACAACGCCGCUGCACUCUCCGCCGGAUCUUUCCUAGGAUUCCUGUUCGUCGCCGCUUUGUUACUUUAAUUUGGUGUUUAGAUUAUGUAUUAAUAAUUCGAGAGUUUAGCGAUGGACGGUAGAUAUUCGAUCUGUUGUUUUGUUUAGAGAUUUAUUUGUGGUUUUGUGAUGAUCUCUAUUACCUUAGGAAACCUAUAUGUUACUUAUAUCGUUUGUUAUUGUUACUCAUGGUUUUAAUUAGCACAUUUAUCUGGUU